GAUAUGGAGCGUUCAACACACUUGAGUUCUCAAACUCUCGGUGUUCAGACAGAGUCACAAGAAGAGGUGGAGCAGCCGUUGGGGAGAGAGUUUCGCAACAGUCGAAGAAGAGCUGCUCUACACCCUCCUGAAGAGGAGGAAAGAGAAACUAGGCGCUUACGUACGCUGUCACCUUCCCCUUUUACGGAAAACAAUGCGUUGGGACCCACAAACAACCAUCUUUUUCUCUCAGGACUUUCUACAAGAUAUAGAAAUAAUUUUCGGUCAGAAAACAGGCGCAAUAAUCUUCAUUGGAGAAGUAACUUAUCUGAUACUGAAGGUACCAGAGAGUCACGUGGGAAUGCAGAAGAGGAGACUAUUGACGUGGACCCCUGGUUGUCCUCACGUGAUGGUAUAGAAAUGGAAGAGCGAGAUAGUCAUUCAGAAGAGCACUUUGAAGGAAGAAGAGCUUUAUGGAGAAGAAUAAUUAGUCGAGCUCCUUCGUAUUCUAAUAACAGAGGCUUAACUGCGUCAGAUACAGGUCCCGCAGAUUUGGAUCCUGAAGAGUAUUUUUAUCAUCCUACAUUGUUUAGAAGUAAUUCCACCGGAAGAAGUCGGCCAACGAGAGCGUUUCGUUUUUCCAGAGAGGAAAGAGACGAUACUUUUGAAGCUCCGACAACGGAGACACGUCGAAUAGGCAUGAAUGGAACUUCUUUUUUCAGUGGUAUUCCUUGGGAACCAGACCGACCUUCCAAUACAUCCCUGAGAAACUGGUCAUCCAGAGCCAAUAUGACGUCUCGUUUCCAGUUGUACGAAACAGGAGUACAAGAAGAUUUGUUAUCCAGUGAUAGUUCGGAUAAUAGUGACCAGGAAAUAUCAGCACGUCCUUCAGGAACUCGCUUUAUUGUUCGUUUUAUGAAUCGUAGUCAAAGAACAAAUGGACAAGCAGAAGAUGACGAAGAACAGUAUGAUAGGAUAAGAAUAUCUACUGUUGUUCCAGACAAUAGUAGAAUGAUUCAUCCAACCGAUUCAACACAACAAUCUCCUUCCAUUGGAAUAAUGACGACGACAAGUACAUUAGAAACUGAAGAAGAAGAAAAUGUCGAAUGUUCCUCUCGACUGCAAUUCUUAUUGGCUACAGAUGGACCUGAAGAUGGUCGCACGCACAGAUUAAUUAUUUCUCGUUUCGGUUUAACUGGAUUGAUUUUAUACAGAAAGUUAUUGACCUGUGGGCCUUUCUAUCCUCGUUCUCCUGCUCGACUUCUAGUACAUCUUGCUGGAUAUUUUUUAUUCUUCAAGGAUAAUUCCGUGCUUGCUUCAAGGACCCAUACAGACCAAACAUUCCUAGGUCGUCUUCUUGCAUUGGAUGAGUCAGAAGCUGGACGACUAUUCGAUCAUUUGAAGACACGGGAUCCGAUGAAACUAUUGAUGGAACGAUUGCCACCAUUUUCGUUGUUGAAAAGAGCCAUUAAAGGCAAGAGACCCUUUUUCCACAAUGGACGUGAAGCAUUGGUUAUCAAAUUCGUUUUGGAUAUCUACGAUUACUACUUUAAGCGUGAAGUUCCUCUUUUUGAAACCUAUAGGAAAAAAGUACUCCCAUUGUUGGAAUUGUUCUAUUCUCAUAUUUCCCAAAGUGUUUUAGAUAAUGUGUGUUAUCAACAAUCCAAAGUUUUAGAUAGAAUGAAAUGGGUAACGGACUGGAGUUCUUAUUCCUUCCCUCACGUGAAAGUUAUAUCGAACAUUACAAGAAUAUUUCGAGGCGAAUGCGGAAUCUGACAGAAUCCUUGGCCGUUUCCUCCUUACUUG